CCAUCCCUCCCUCCGCCGAGGCGCGGGGUUGCGGCGCGCAGCGCAGAGCAGCGCACAGACUGCCGCGGGCUCCGCUGGCCGAUUGCAGCCGAGUCCGACCCUCGUCCUGCUGCCGCCGCUGCGACCGCUGCGUGGUCCUCCUCCCGGACGCUUGUGGGUUAUUAACCAAUAUCCAUGAGCAUCUAUAGACCAUUCAUUGCUGUCCUUCAGGAAUAACUGAAGAAUGAUAUUAUGAACCCAAUUUGUUAACUUGCUCUUAUCAAUUUUAAAUUUGGGUUGUUUAACACUGAAGCAAUCAUGGUGAACCUGAGUAAAGCGGUGCAUUCGUUCCUUGUGCACCUAAUUGGUCUAUUGGUUUGGCAAUAUCAUAUUUCUGUCAGUCCAGUUGCAGCUGUAGUAACUGACCUUUUCAAUACCUCCGAUGGUGGACGCUUCAAAUUCCCAGACGGGGUACAAAACUGGCCAGCACUUCCAAUUAUAGUCAUCGUAAUAUUGACAAUUGGUGGCAACAUUCUUGUUAUUAUGGCAGUUAGCAUGGAAAGGAAGCUGCACAAUGCCACAAACUACUUCCUAAUGUCCCUAGCCUUUGCUGAUAUGCUAGUGGGACUGCUUGUCAUGCCAAUUUCCCUGCUAGCAAUCCUUUAUGAUUAUGUCUGGCCAUUACCUAGGUAUUUGUGCCCCGUCUGGAUAUCUUUAGAUGUUUUAUUUUCUACAGCGUCCAUCAUGCACCUCUGCGCUAUUUCGCUGGAUCGGUAUGUAGCAAUACGUAAUCCUAUUGAGCAUAGCCGUUUCAAUUCGCGGACUAAGGCCAUCAUGAAGAUUGCUAUCGUUUGGGCAAUAUCUCUAGGUAUUUCCAUUCCUAUCCCAGUCAUAGGGCUGAGAAAUGAAGAGAAAGUGUUCGCCAACAAUACCACCUGCGUGCUGAAUGACCCAAAUUUUGUUCUUGUUGGGUCCUUCGUAGCUUUCUUCAUCCCGCUGACGAUCAUGGUAAUCACCUACUUCCUGACCAUCUAUGUUCUUCGAAGACAAGCUCGAAUGUUGCUUCUGGGCCGCGAUGAGGAAGCGGCAGACAUACACCUGGAUUUCCUCAAGUGCCUGAAGUGUUGCAAGAGGAAUGAGAGGGAUGAAGAGAAUGCAAAUCCUAUGGAAGAUGCAAUCCCUUGCCGUCACUAUAGAAAGAAGAAAGAGAAACGCCCAAGGGGCACCAUGCAAGCUAUCAACAAUGAACGAAAAGCAUCAAAAGUCCUUGGCAUUGUUUUCUUUGUGUUUCUGAUCAUGUGGUGCCCAUUUUUUAUUACCAAUAUCCUGUCAGUUCUCUGUGGGAAGUCUUGUAAUCAAAAGCUGAUUGAAAAGCUUCUGAAUGUGUUUGUUUGGAUUGGCUAUGUUUGUUCAGGAAUUAACCCUCUGGUGUACACUCUUUUCAACAAAAUUUACCGAAGGGCUUUCUCCAACUAUUUACGCUGCAACUAUAAACCGGAAAAAAAGCCCCCUGUUAGACAGAUCCCUAGAGUUGCAGCCACUGCUUUGUCUGGGAGAGAGCUUAAUGUUCACAUUUAUCGCCAUACCAAUGAACCUGUGAUUAAAGAAGCUAAUGACAAUGAGCCUGGUAUAGAAAUGCAAGUUGAGAAUUUGGAACUACCAGUUAAUCCCUCCAAUGUGGUUAGUGAAAGGAUUAGCAGUGUUUAAGAAAAGAGUGAAGCACAGCCUUUUCCUACAGUGAAGCUACAAAUGUAGGAAAAAGUUCUCUAAUCUUUCUGUAGGUUAUAACUACUGUAAAUACUGCUGUCUAAAAAAAAAGGGUUUAUAUAUAGCUUUGCAACCCUGUAGUUUACAAUCAUCCAUGAAAUAGUGAGAUUUAGAGUCCUAUAUUUACUGUUUAUAAGAGAUUGAGUAUAAUUUAUUUUGAUUCUUUAAUGUAUAAAAUAUUAGCAUUCCCUCCCUCCCCCUUUCUCUCUCCUUUUUCCCUCCUCCCUGUUUCUUUUGUGCAUAAUGAAAUGUUGAUAUUCACCUCAGGUGGCAUUUGCAGGAGACCAGAAUGAUGCACAUGAUAUUGGUUAUAUUUGUACCACACCAAGAUAACAAAUUCAGUGGAAACAUUUUCCAGAUUAACAGUAAAUAUACACUUUAAAGUCUUGCUCUGCUCAUCUAUACACAAACACAGUAAGAUAGGUUCUGCAUUCUGACACUCUAUUGCACCGAUUAGUGAAUCAGAGGCAGGACUUAGCCUUGUUGUCACAUUUAGGGGCAAAAUUUGACAUUGUCAGAAUGUUGUGUUGGUAUUUUACUACAAUGUCUGUCCCCAAACAUAGUGGUAUUUUAUCAUAGCAGCUGGUUAACCAGGACUACAGAAGUGGAAGGAUGAUAUGAGAUACACACACCAGUAGCUUUUCACUUCUUAAGGACAAUGUUCAAAUUCUGAUUAUGACAAGCAAACUGAAAUUAGUGUUUUCAUUCUGGUCCUUAGUAAAUAUAUAAUUUCAUAAUAAAACUGGGAAAUGAGAUCCCAGAGUAAUUUCCCAAUCCAGGAUCCAAUACCAAUUGGGUUUUGAUCUUGGGAUCCUGGAAAUUCGUGUGCUACACACAAAGUGAAAUUAGCAUUUGAGCCUUAUUAAAAUAUUUUCUUAAUUCUGGUACCUCUAUCUAUAGGACCUAAUUUUAGCAGUCCGUUUUUGAGUAAAACUUGUGUUGGAAGCAUAGAUGAUAAAAAUCUUGGAAGUUUUACUCGAUUAAGGACUACAAAAUAAGGUCCUUAGAAUGUAAAAAAAAGUAAUUUAAAAACAAGCUGUUACUGGAUUCUGGAAAUAACAGAAAUACAGAGUUUCCAUUGGGAUUUUAAACAAAAAUUAUCUCAUUUUCAGAUCCUUCCAGACUCUCUAGUGCAGGAAAAGGCUGCAGCUAAUUUGUGGAAGUGAGAAGCUCUUCAUUGUACUGCAGAUAUAUUACAAAAGUUUAAAUUCGUAUUAAAAUAUAUUGUCAUGUUACAAUAAGUGUUGGCCAUUGUUUCAUUUGUGGGCCUGCUACACUAAGAACUCAUAACCAUUUUACCUUGAAAGGUUUUCAAGCAUUGUUAAAGUAAAAACAUUAAGUCUAUGCUAUGUGCAGAGUAUACAAGUGUUUUUAGUAACUCUAUUUCCAGGUGUUUCCAUUUCACACAACUGUGGCUCAAUUUCUGAAUAACUCAUGAUGCUAUUUCUUAUACCUGACAGUUACUUAUUCACCUUAGAGUGUGCCUCUCAGUUCUGGAAAUCGGUGAAGGUAGAAUCUGAAUUUCUAAACCCUCUGAUGUGUGUCCUAAACACAUAGCAUAGAUAAGCAGUCUGCCACAGAGUCAGUAGGAAGGCUAAUAUUUAGGAAAUGCAGUCUCUACUUGAUUUGCAACACUGCCAGAUAUCAGUCAGUUGCUUGAGCAUGCCCAAAUAAAACAGGAAAGUCUUACUACCUGUUAGGUCACUUGAACUGCAUGUUAAACAAUUAUCGAAUGAGAUCAUCUAAUUCUUCCUGAGAUGAAAAUGUCUGAAGAAACAUAGCAUGCAAUGAGCAUGAAUUCAGCACAUAUAGGCGGUGACAUGCAUGUACACCCUGUGUGUUGCAUGGAUCUGUUGAUUUUCAUUAUGCAGGGCAGAGUAGGUGAUAUGAUAAGGACUGAGAAGAAUCUUCAGCAGUCCUUUUAAAGACAACGCAUUCAGAUCUGAAGUACAGUCAGUAUGAGAAAAAAAAUGAAAACAUCUGGUCUCUUAACUAUCAGGGCAAGCUCAUAGCACAUGUUUUACAAAGAAAUAAAAUAUAAACCACGGAUUUUAAAAAGCACUAGCAAUAAGUUGAAUGAUAAAAGCGUAGAGCACAUUUGUUAAUACUUCUUAUGUAAUCAAGUAUUAGUACUUAAUAGUACCCAACAAAAUAUCCUGAAAUUGUGUGCUAUUCAUACAUUCUGUGCAGUUUGGUAUGAAACAAAUAUACUCAUUUGGAUAUAAAUCUUACAGUUUAAUGUUAAAUCUGCAAACUUUUAUAAAUGUUUUAAGAAGUCCUUGUGACAAAUGUAACUGUGGUGAAUUUAUUGUCAAAAAUCAUUUUGAUGUACUAUUAUAUGUAUAAGUGUAUGAGACAUGUGCAACAGACUGCCUUAUAUUAUUUCCUGUUAAUCUCCUCUGUCAAAUGGUACUUUUGUGAGUUGUCACAAAAUAAUUCUUAUUCCUAGUUAUUGUGUGUUAUCCACCCUGUUUUGUGAUACUUCCCAUUAAUUUAUUAAAUUUAUUAAAUGUU